AUGGCCAACAGCACCGCCGCCGCCGCAGAUCCCCUCCCCCACCACCCCAACUUCCACCCGUCCUUCUCCCCUCCCUCUUCCCCUUCCCAAUCCUCCUCCUCGACCCCCUCCUCCGCCGCGGAACUCAUCACAGUACUCAACCCCGCCACAGCUGACCCCCUCGCCACCAUCUCCGCCACUCCAGCGACCACGAUCGCCGCCCUGGUGGCGCACGCCAACGAGCAGUUCCGUCAGGGAGCGUGGGCGCGCGCCGACGCGAGCGAGCGCUUCAGAGUUCUGGCGCGGGCGGGCGUGUUGAUCAGGGAGAGGAUGGCGGAGUUGGUGGAUUUGGAGGUCAAGCAGACGGGGAGGCCGGUUAGGGAGAUGACAGCGCAGUUGGGGAGGGUGGGGGAGUGGUUUGACUAUUUCGCCUCCCUAGCCCGCACGCACCAAGACGACUCCACGCCCUUCAAAGGCCCCGUGCUCAACGUGCUCAAAUGCCAGCCCCUGGGUGUCUGCGCGCUCAUCACGCCCUGGAACCACCCCGUCCUGAUCGCGAGCAAGAAACUCGCCGCCGCGCUCGCGGCCGGCAACGUCGUCAUCCUCAAACCCUCGGAGCUGGCGCCCCUGUCGGUGCUGAAGCUGGGCGAGAUCCUGCGCGAGGCGGGGCUGCCGGACGGGACGCUGUCGAUCGUCAAUGGCUACGGGCGGGAGACGGGCAAGUUUCUCUGUGAAGCGAAGGGGUUGGCCAAGAUUGACCUGACGGGUGGGCUGGCGACGUAUGAGGCCGUGGCGCCGACGGCGGCGCGGAAUCUGACGGGCUUGACGGCGGAGUUGGGCGGGAAGGCACCCGUCUGUAUCUUCCAGAGCGUGGGCGCGGAGAAGGGGGUCAGGGCGGCUUUGUUUGCGUCGUUCAUCGCCGCGGGACAGACGUGUGUGACGGGAAGUCGGCUGUUGGUGCACGAGCGGAUCUACGACGAGUUCAAGGAGGUGUUGGUGAGGAGGGUGGCGGCGUUGAGGGUGGGCCACCCCCGCGACGAGCACACGCAGGUGGGAGCACUGAUCAACGAUGCGGCGGUGCAGAGGUGCAGCAGCUUCAUCCGCAAGGCGGAGGAGGAGGGCGACGUCAUUCUCUGCGGCGGGAAGCCAACCAGCGUAGACGGGCGAGGGUACUUCUUCGAGCCGACCGUCGUGGAAACACAGCGAAAGUCCUUCCUCAGCUGCCACGAGGUCUUUGGCCCAGUCAUCGCGCUCAUCCGCUGCAAGGACGAAGACGACAUCGUCCGCACCGCCAACGACUCCGCAUUCGCACUGGGCGCUUCGGUGUGGACCGACGACUUUGCGCAAGCGCACAGGGUGGCGGACAAGAUCGACGCGGGCGUCGUGUGGGUGAAUGGGCAUCACCUCAAUGACCCGAGCAGUCCCUGGGGCGGGUGGAAGGAGUCCGGCAUGGGCAAGGAGAACGGCGUCGAGGCGUUUGAGAGCUAUACCAAGGUGAAGAGUGUGGUGUUCAAUUAUGGGAUUGAGCCGAGUUGGUUCGACGAGGUGGGAGCGGGCACGCGGUAUGGCUGA